AUGGAUAUGUCUUCGGCCACCACCACCGCUUCCAGCAUGACCAUGUCGUCAACUUCUUCGUCCAGCAUGUCCGAUAUGGCAUUCAACACCAACAAUCUGUCCGCAGUCCUCUUCUCCCAGUCAUGGAUGCCAACCACCACUGCGGGCUAUGUCGGUUCAUGGUUCUUUCUCUUUUUCCUCGCUGUGAUCUGGCGAGGCUCGGCUACUGCCCUGUCAAAACUCGACGCGUUUUGGGCCGCAAAGAACGCGAGAUACUCGAUUCUGAUCAAUGGUGGACAAGAUCAACCCACUCAAGCGGAUCUCGUGGGAGCAUGGCGUCUUUCGGUCAAUCUGCCUCGAGCGGCAUUACGAAUGGUGCAUCAAGGAAUCGCAUAUUUACUGAUGAUUGCGGUCAUGACUAUGAAUGUCGGUUUUUUCUUCGCUGUGCUUGUUGGUUACUUCUUUGGAGAAUUAGUAUUUGGUCGUGUGUCGCGGUCAGAUUAA